CGUGGUGACAGCUCAGCUUGCUGCCAUGCAGCAGCAGUUUGGUGUUUUUCAGUUGGUACUGGCUCAGCUUCUAGCUAGAAAUAAUCCUGGUGAUCCUCUCAUUAAUUUACUAAACCCUGCUCAACAACCCCCAGCUCCACAACAAAAUCCUCAACCGGUUCAAUAUGCUCCCACUGUUAGCGAAUCUCAGGGUCAAUCCCACAUAGCACCCGCUCAACAACCCAUCCCUGAUGAUGUUACUCGCCGUCUCGAUAGCCUGGAGAAGCUAGUAGCCGAACACCGAGGUGCCCCACCCCCACAUCAUGUUGCUGAUUCUAUACCUCACCCUCUGAAUACCAACAUUACGCUGGAACCCUAUCCCAUUGGCUUCAAAAUACCACAACUGGAGACUUAUGAUGGGACGAAGGAUCCCGAUGAUCACCUGCAUGCUUUCUACUCUUGUAUGCAAGCUCAGAACGCCUCUGACGCAUUAAUGUGCAAAAUCUUCCCCUCUACUCUGCGAGGUAAUGCUCGAACUUGGUAUUAUAGUCUACCUCCGAGGUCAAUUAGCUCUUACACAGAAAUGGCAUCUGCCUUUGCCACUAAGUUUUCCAGUAGAAGGUUGAUUAGGAAAACUACUACUGAAUUGAUGCGAGUUAAACAGAGGGACGGAGAGUCUCUGAAGAACUACAUGAGCAGGUUUAAUGAUGCGUUGGAGGUUAGUUCCUUCGACCAAGCUGUGGGUAUUGCAGCUGUAAUCUCUGGUCUCAAGCAUGAUAGGUUCAGAGAUAGUUUGAUCAAACAUGCUACCACCACCUUUAGCGAGGUGAACGAUAGAUCUCUGAAAUUCAUAACUGCCGAGGAAUACGCCCUAGCGCAAAAUCCACCUUCCUCUAAGAACCAGAACCCAGAAUGGAGAGAUGACAACCUGAGCCGAAAAAGGAUGAGAAUGGCGCAAAACCGAGGUCCAGUGUUGACCUCCCCACCGAGAUUCGGAAGGCCGAACUCCACACCUCCACAACAAUCUGCAGGUAAACCUCCAGCUAAUUGGACUCCAUUUAAUUUGCCGAGGUCACAAAUUUUUAUGCAUAUCAAAAAUAAGAUGGACUUGAGACGUCCUGACCCAAUGCGAACUGCUGCUGCUAGUCGAGACCAUACCAGAUAUUGUGAUUUUCACCAGGAUCAUGGCCAUACUACAGAGCAGUGUAACAGUUUAAAGUCCGAACUGGAAAGUUUAGCUCAGAAGGGAAUGCUGAAUGAGUAUGUACAGCGAGCUGAACAGCUGAGGUUUGUCAGAGAACAGAGGCCGCAGCCUCAAGGAGCCCGCAAUCCCCCAAAUAGGCAAGGUGUGGGAUAUCAACAAACCCCACCUCCACUCCCACCACCAGCUAGAAUCAUACAUAUGAUUACGGGAGGCCUUGAAGCAGUUGUUACACCUCACAAUGAUCCUUUGGUCACUUCUGUUAUGAUUAACAACUGUGAAGUACAACGUGUCCUUGUUGACACCGGGAGUGCACCAGACAUCAUGUACUUCCAUUGUUUCGAGAGUUUGGGACUAGAUCCAGCAUUGUUGCAAAAGUAUGAUGGUCAUAUCUAUGGUUUCAAUAACCAACCUGUUCCAGUAGAAGGAGUUCUUACCCUCAAUGUGGCUUUUGGGAGGGGUAGAACCUAUGUGACCCCGUCGGUCCGAUUUCUUGUAGUCAAGAUGGCGUCCUCCUUCAACAUUGUUAUUGGCCGACCCACGCUGACUGAAAUCCGAGCUGUGGUUUCCCAGUCUCACCUCUGUAUGAAGUUCCCAACUCCCAUGGGAAUAGCAACACUACGAGGAAACCAAGAGGUGGCCAGGCAUUGUUAUAUCACCUCGGUAACACAACCCAUGAAGGGUAAAACUCAAACACUUGAAGCCAUUCCCCAGCAAAUUUCUGAUAAUCAGCAAAUUAUGGGUGUUGAGAUCGUAGAUAAUCGACCGGAAAAUGAAACCAGAGCUGCUCCGGUUGAAGAUGUUGAAGAAGUACUUAUUGAUGACAGAGAUCCGAGCCGAAAAAUGCAGAUCGGAACUAGAUUGAACCCAGAGGAAAAAGCAGAGCUCAUAGCUUUUCUUCGAGCUAAUAAUGAUGUAUUCACAUGGACUUCGGCAAAUAUGCCAGGAAUUCCAAAUUCAGUCUCUCAACAUAAGCUCAGCACCAAUCCAUCGAAAAAACCAGUGGCCCAGAAGCGGCGUCUCUUCGGGGUUCUGGUGAAGAAGGCAAAUGGCAAAUGGCGAAUGUGUAUUGAUUACACAAAUCUUAACAACGCCUGCCCUAAGGAUUGCUAUCCAAUGCCGAGCAUUGACAAACUAGUUGAAGCGGCUUCAUGCAAUGAGAGGUUAAGCCUCUUGGACGCAUAUUCGGGCUUGAAGAAUGCAGGUGCUACUUAUCAAAAAAUGGUAACCAUUGUCUUCCACGCCCAGAUUGGCAAGAACCUGGAGGUAUAUGUCGACGACAUUGUGGUAAAGAGCUUAAAAGCAGAAGACCAUCUCACCGACCUCGACGAAACCUUUAACAACCUUAGAAAGAACAGGAUGCGGCUAAACCCAGCCAAAUGCAUCUUCAAAGUGGAGUCUGGAAAAUUUCUAGGUUUCAUGGUGUCCCGAAGGGGAAUUGAGGUCAAUCCAGAGAAGAUCAGAGCAAUUGCCGAGAUGGAACCGCCGAAAUCAGUGAAGGAUAUACAAAGGUUGACUGGGAGGGUGGCAGCUCUGCAUCGGUUCAUAUCGAAGUCAGCAGAUAAAUGUCUGCCAUUUUUCAAAAUUAUGAGGUUAGCCGCCCAGAAAGAUGAGUCAGGGAAGCAAAAGAAGUUCGAAUGGAGCCGGGAAUGCCAAGCUGCAUUUGAAGAGCUGAAGUCUUACCUUAGCUCACCGCCUCUGUUGACUAAGGCUGUAGAUGGCGAACUUCUUUACUUGUACCUGGGGAUUGCAGAUGAGGGCAUUAGUUCAGUUCUGGUAAGAGAAGAAGCUAGGCAGCAGAAACCAAUUUAUUAUAUCAGCAGUGUGCUGCACGGAGCAGAGCUAAGAUAUCCUAUAGCUAAGAAAGCGGCAUUAGCAGUUGUCACUUCGGCCAGGAAAUUAAUUAAGUGGGCAGUAGAAUUGGGAGAGUUUGAGAUAACAUUCCAGCAGAGAUCGGCCAUUCGAGCUCAGGCAUUAGCAGAUUUCAUUGUCGAAUGCACUCCAUGUCCUUCAACCUCUAAUCCAGAGCCCAACGACUGGACCUUAUAUGUUGACGGAGCAUCUAGUAGCAAGGGUUCAGGGGCUGGCGCUCUUUUGAUUGGUCCAGAGGGAUACCGAAGUGAACAUGCCCUGAAGUUCAAUUUCGAUGUAACAAAUAACAUGGCUGAAUAUGAAGCUCUACUACUUGGUCUACAACUCGCACUAGAAUUGAAAAUCAGUGCAAUUCAAGUAUAUAGCGACUCUCAGCUGGUGGUGAAUCAAAUCAACUCUGUUUGCGAAGUCGUCGAUCCUGUGAUGGUAAAGUAUGUAGCCUUGGUGGCCAAGCUGAAGUGCAAAUUUCAGAAAUUCUGUCUGAGUAAAAUUCCCCGAGCUGAGAAUGAACAGGCAGAUUCACUCUCCAAGUUUGCCUCUGAUAGCUCUUUAAGCUCCAGAUCCGUUUUUGUAGAGGUCUUAGAUGAACCAAGCUUCACGAAGCCUCGGGUGAUGGAGAUUAGCACAAACCCUGACACGCCGAACUGGACUGAUUCAAUUGUCUCCUUCUUACGAGAUGGGAUAGUGCCUGAGGAUAGACAGGAGGCAAUGAAAUUAAGGAAGACAGCAUCUCGAUAUACACUUGUUGAUGAAGUCCUGUAUAAGAGAUCUUUCUCAUUUCCUCUUCUACGAUGUUUAAACCCCUAUGAAGCUGAAUACGCACUUCGAGAGGUACAUGAAGGUGUCUGUGGGAGCCACGUCGGUGCUAGAACCCUGGCUCACAAAGUCUUAAGACAAGGAUACUACUGGCCAAACAUGUACAAAGAUGCCACUUACUUUGUUCAGAAAUGCCUGAAAUGCCCAUUUGUGAAAGGGGUUGGUGGUGUAACCCAUCUGAUUGUUGGUGUAGAUUAUUUCACGAAGUGGGUUGAAGCUCGGUCUUUAUCUAGUCUUACCUCUAAGAAGGUCGAAGAUUUUGUCUUCAGUUCGAUCAUCUGCAGAUAUGGGAUCCCGAAUCAGAUUGUGGCCGACAAUGGAACUCAGUUCAAUUGCUCAUCAUUCCGGGAUUUCUGUUCCAGUUAUGGGAUCAAGUUACAGUUCACCUCCAUUUACCAUCUGGAGUCCAAUGGCAUGGUGGAAUCUGUUAACAAAUGCAUUUUGGAAGGUAUAAGGCCGAGAUUGGAGCAGCAUAAGGCCAAGUGGGCAGACGAGCUCAACAACGUCCUCUGGGCAUACAGAACCACGAGCCGAACUGCCACAGGUGAAACACCCUACCACCUGGCCUUUGGUACCGAAGCAGUCAUUCCUGUUGAGAUAGGAGUCCCAAGCUUCCGGGUCACCCAUUUCAAUGAAGAACGAAAUGGACAACUGCUUCGGGAAAACCUUGAUCUGCUUGCCGAAGUCAGAGAAGAAGCUCGGCCUCGAACUCUUGUAUACAAGCAGAAGCUAGCCAACUUUUACAAUAAACAGGUCCGCCCUCGCACAUUCAAAAUAGGAGACCUUGUUCUCAGAAAAGCUGGCUUAACGGGGUUUGAAACUCGUUUUGGAAAACUUGCCCCAAAUUGGGAAGGUCCUUAUGCCGUGGCCGAAGUACCACAUCCUGGUGCCUAUAUUCUCCAAGACGCUGAAGGAAAAAGAGUUCCUAGAGUCUGGAAUGCCAAUAAUUUGAAAAAAUUUUACCCCUGAUGAAAUUCUUCCAAGCAAUCUAUGUCUUACUGUUCUUUAUGCUUCUCACUCCGUGUUUGUUAAGAUUGAUUUUAUCUUUUUUUCAUGUAUCCGAGGUCAAUCAGUACUUACACCUCACUUCUGACUAAUAAAAGUCACUUCCCAUG